UUUGCCGUUGGUCUUGCUCAUCCCAUUGGAGGAAUUUGAAAAUAAGUACGCGCGGCUGUUUGGGAGAUGAGACAACACAAAUAAACCCUGUCAACGAAGUCGGAAUUAAUAUCAUACACAGUUUAUCCUCCGACAGCCCUCAGGAUGAUGGAGUCGGGGCUAAAGGAUGAAACGGUAAGACCUGAGAUGAUAGCAGUGGAAGAUCUAAAGAGAAAUUUAUCAUCCGAGUUCAGUGAGUGUUCCGAUUUCCAGGAUUCGGUUGACCUGGAGAAGGAACAUUUGAAGGUCUAUCUCAGGAUAAGACCAUUUUCAGCAACUGAGAUUGAGAAUGGAGAAUCACAGGACUGUGUGGCCAUGCCUCCAGAGACUGUGCUUUUAAAAGCACCACGAACAUCGCUCUCUGCCAGACUCAGUGAUAAAUCAGUUCCUGUUACAGCUCAACGUUUCCAGUUCUCUAAGGUUUAUGGUCCAGACACAACGCAGAAGGAGAUGUUUGAUGGUACAGUGAAGAGCCUUGUCCAGCAUGUGCUUGAAGGACAGAAUUCUCUGGUGUUUACAUACGGUGUUACCAAUGCAGGGAAGACCUUCACCUUUUUAGGUCCAGAUAAUGAUCCAGGCAUCCUGCCUCGUUCCCUCAACAUGAUCUUUGGCAGUUUAGAGGGCCGCAUUUUUAACCAGAUGUGCCUGAAACCUCAAAGGUGCAGAGAUUUUAUCAGGCUGACCAAAAAACAGGAAAACGAAGAAGAAAUCACCAAGCGUAAUCUACUUAAGCUCUUCAAAGAGACGGAUGCUCAGAAAAACUCAUCUGGCCAAAGCUCAAAAUCUGAUCUUGAGGAUGGUUCUUCUUUGUGUGAUAUUAGCACUGGAGCGAAUGAGAAAAGUUUGGCUCUGGACAUGGACAUUCACACUAAGUUUUCUGUUUGGGUUUCGUUCUAUGAAAUCUACAACGAGAACAUUCACGAUUUGCUGGAACAGCAAGCGAACAAUGCCUCACGUAGAAUAAACCUCCGUCUUUGUCAGGACGUCAAAGGCAACUCAUUUAUCAAAGAUCUGAAGUGGGUGCAGGUGAGCAGUGCUGAUGAAGCAUUUAAAGUGAUGAAACUGGGCAAGAGGAAUCAGAGUAUCUCCAGCACUAAACUCAACCUUCUCUCCAGCAGAAGUCACAGUAUUUUCUCAGUCCGGAUUCUGAAAGUUGAGGAUGUGGGAAUACCCAGAGUGGAGUCAGUCAGCGAGCUGGCACUGUGUGAUCUGGCCGGAUCCGAACGGUGUGCUAAAACCCAAAAUAUAGGUGAUCGUCUGAAAGAGGCAGGAAACAUCAACACCUCACUGCUUAGCCUGGGAAAAUGCAUCAAUGCACUUCGAAAUAGCCAACAGUCUAGACAGCACGUUCCGUUUCGAGAGAGUAAACUCACUCACUAUCUGCAGGGCUAUUUCACUGGCCGAGGUAAAGCCUGCAUGAUUGUAAAUAUUAACCAAUGCGCAUCCAUGUAUGAUGAAACACUCAACGUACUCAAGUUCUCUGCUGUGGCACAGAAGGUGGUGGUCCUCACCCCCAUUGCUGUACCAGUGGUGGUGAAAAGGAGUGCCAGAGAAGUGUCCUUCAUCAUCAAUAAUGUUGAUCGCCGGCAACUGCGACGCAGCUCACUGGUGGGUUGGGACCCCAGCCUUGAGGAUGUCCAGGAAGAUUCUGACACUGAGGAGGAGGAUGAAGAGGAAAGCGAAGUGGAGAACACUAUACUGGACACUGAAGAGGAGGGGAAAGAAACAGUCCUGCUUGAUAAAGAGAUUUAUGAGGCCCAGCUGCAGUUUAUAGAGGAGAUUCAGCAGCAAUUGAGGAAAGAGAAAGCCGAACACUUGACUCUCGAGGCACGUGUUCGAGAAGAAAUCACAAAAGAAUUCUCUGAGCUCAUCUCCCAGAUGCAGGAGGAUUACAGUGAGCGCAUAUCCAGAGAGCGGGAGUUAAUUGAGGAACGGUGCGAACGAAGAUUGGAAAUUUUCAAAAACCUAGUGGGAAAAACAGUCACGGAAGAUGACCGUGUGGAUUCAACAGGGACGAAAUCAGAGGAGGAGACCCAUGUAUCUCUGGACAGCAUGCUUGACUCUAUUAGUACUGACCUGGUUGGAAUCAGAGAAGAUGCCCAGGCUGCCCAGUCCUGCCUGGUGACCUCUGACCCCUCUGUGACACUACAUGACCUUGAGAAAAAGGUCACUGAACUCUCAAAACAGCUCAGUGAGGCUCAGAGUCACCUGUCACUCAAAACACACGAGCUGGAGACCCAGAGUCAACUGUCAGAUGAACUGGAAGAGAUGAAGAAGACUCUGGAGAGCCACAAGCAAAGACAAUCGGAGCUAAGUGAAAUCUGCAGCCAGAAAGACGAGAUCAUCUCCGAACUCCAAAAAGCUUUGGACCAACAUGUAGAAAGUACUGCUAAGGAUAGAUCUCUGAUCGACUCCAUCAAAAAGGAGAUUAUCCAUCUCAAGACAUCUCAUUGCACAUGUUCAGAACAGAGGCCCAGCUCACGGUUCGAAAGCAGAAAGCGACGUCAAGAGGGGGAGGGGCUUGAUGGGCAGCCCCCUCUCAAGAAAGGUCCCCUGGAGGACUCCACAGUCCAAGAAGACACUGGAGAUAAUGGGUCUCAAGACUCCGCCCACCUUGAGGUCAAAGGUCAGCUUGAAUGUUGUCAUAUUGAAUCGAGACAGAAAGAUAAGCGGAUCACAGAUCUGGAGCAGGAAUGCCACACAUUGAAAGUCUGCAUUGAGGAGUUAAAGUCAAAGCUGGAGGAAACAAGUUUAGAUGAGCAUUUUCAACACGAGAAGGAUUACAAAAGCAAAACAAAGCUAGCAUCUGUGGAGACCAAACCUAUGAUGAAAGUAAUGGAUCAAAGCAAUUUGAAGGCAGAGGUUGUAUCCAUGGAGACAAGCCACAGCAACACUACACUUUUAGAAAGUGUUUAUCAAGAACUGGCCACUGCGAAGUCUCUAAUAACUAAGCAGGAUCAUGAAAUGGGAGAAAAGAACAAACUCAUUAAAACACUUGAACAGGAAAUUACACAACUGAAACAGGAAGUUGAAAACUUUGCAGUGCUGCAGAGGGACUUCAAGCUUUGUCGUGAGGAGUUGACAGCCACACGACAGGAGAGGGAUAGAAAAUAUGAGAGAAUAAAGAUCCUGGAAAACCAACUAAAUAAGCUUCAUUCCACUUCCUCUGAAAACCUAUCAGCUGCUAAUAAUAACCUUAAUAACGUUAACUCUGAAGUCACAACCCUUCAUGGGGUCAUAGCUGAGCUGGAGGAGAAGGUCAAAUGCCUUCAAAAAGAGAAAGAAGACAGUGACAUGGGGAUAGCACAAAAUAAAGCGGGGCCAAUCAACCAGCUGAAGAACCCUAAUGAUGUUGUAUCUAAAAACAAGGAGCUUAAUGAUAAGAUCAAUUUCACACAGGAGGCCAAUCUGGUAGAGAAGGAGAAAGCCCUAGCGUUAAAAGAGGCUCAGCUCUCAGCACUGCAGAAGAGUCUCAAAGAAGCUCAGGAGCGUCUGGAAGAAGAGGAGACGCAAGCGGUGCAGGAGGCUCGCAAGAGGGAGGUGGAGAGGAGGAGAGAGCUGUUGGCUGUGGCAGAGGAGGCCAUUGCUCAGAAAGAUGCAGAACUGCAGAAGAGACAAGAAGAGAUUAACCGGUUGAAGGAAGAGAUUAAAACUAGCGAGCAAAAGGUGAACAGUCUGACAGUCGACCUGCGCAGGAAAGAUGAUGAUUCAUCAGAUAUUCGAGAGAAACUUUGCGACUCAAAAAAGCAGAUACAGCAGGUGCAGAAAGAGAUCUCUUCAAUGCGCGAUUCAGAAAAAUCUUUAAGACUGAAGCUCAGCGAUUUAGAAAAGAUUAAAUUGCAACUUCAGAAUGAGAUCGCGAGCAGGGACCGUGUCAUCCAACAGCUGAAAGCCGAACGAUCUUCAAAUUCCAAAUCAGAAGAACAUCUGUUACUCCAUCAAAAAGCAUCUAAUGAUUUGCAGGAGCGUGAGCGUGUUAUAGAAGACAUGCGUUUGGCUCUGACAGAACAGGAAGAAACGCAGACACAGUUGGAUCUGGAGUUAGAAAACAGAGAGGCUCAGAUAAAUGAGCUCACACGGGAGCUGGAGAGAUGGAGAGAAAUGAUCCCCGACCAGUGUAACAGGAGAGUUCCCAGACCCGCCUCUGAUGACCUUGUACAGACCAGACAAGAGAGAGAUCAAGCCCAGGAGAGCUUACACUUGGCUAAUGAGAAGCACCUGGCAGAGCGCAGGAAGUGGAUGGAGGAGAAAUUGGUUCUGAUUGGUCAAGCUAAAGAAGCUGAGGAAAGAAGGAACCAGGACAUGAGACGAUUUGCUGACGAUCGGGAACGGCAUGUCCGGCAGCAGACCGAAAUGGAGUCUCUGGCCGCACAACUUUCAGCUCGUGAGAAAGAGAUGGAAAGUUGGAGAAAGGAGAGAGACGCGCUUGUCUCAGCUCUUGAGGUUCAGCUAAAAAAGCUCAUCAUGUCCAAUGCUGAGAAAGAUAAACAGAUCCAGAUCCUACAGUCCACUAACACCCCCCAGACACCAGAGGUCAAUGAGGACAGCCAAGUAGAGGCACUACAAGCAGAGCUGGAUGCAAAAGAUGCAGAGAUCCAGAAACUGAGAGAACCACCCAGGGUCAAUGUCUUGGAGAGCAGACACUCAUCCACGCAGACAAUGGAAGCAGAGUUCUCUGAUGCAAAGCCUUUGAAUAGCAGUACAUUCAAAUACACUGGCAGGACCAGAGGAUCCGUCACCAGCCAGAGUUCAUCUGGUAGCUGUCCGUUGGUGCUAGAUUCAUCAGAGAUUUCCACGGAUAUGGGGAGACGAUCUAGGUUUCCGCGGCCCGAGCUGGAAAUUUCCUUCAGCCCACUACAACCGGAUCGUUUUGCUCUCAAGCGGCAGGGAGAGGACUCAGCAGUCACUGUUAAAAUUCCCCGAACCACACGCAAGAGGAAGAGCGGAGAGAUGGAGAAGAGAAAGGGAGGCAGAAGCAGCGUGGUGAAAAAGAAACAUUUCUCUGAGCACAAACCUCAGGAUGGAUUAGAAAAUGAGAACGUCAGGAAUACAAGGACCAGAAACACUCCUUGCCUAACACCUCAUAAGGAGGAGCCUGCAAAUUCCCAGGAAUCAAACUCGGGCCACAAAGGGAAAAAAGAUAAAACUCUUCAAAAGAUUGGAGAUUUUCUUCAAGGCUCUCCCACUUUUCUGGGUAGUAAAGCAAAGAGGAUCAUGGGAUUGAUGAGUGGAAAGUCCCCUGAUGGUGGAGGAGCCUCUUUGAAACUCAAAGACAAACGUAUCAAACGAAAACACGACAGACCUGACAUCUCUUCGCCAAUGGACAUACCAGCCCAUCAGAUCAUUGGCCGAAAUCCAGAGGGGAAAGAGAGUGAAAACCUUAUCAAAAAACGUCUUCGUACUAGAACCGGUAAAUGACCUCACAUGAAGAAGCACAGUAACAAAACGGAAAUGUUUUACCUCCCUGUAUUUUGUCUUUUUAAAAUCUUUUUUUUUUUUUUGAAUUUUUAAUCAAAUGUUUUUUUGCACUUUUUAAAUAUACAGUAUCAAUUGAUUAUACGUUAAAUUCUAUUAUUUGUGUAUCAAAUAUGGCACGUAAUAUAUUAUGCUUAAACCAUAAUGAACACUAUUUUAACAAGCUUUUUAUGGCACAGUUGAAUGUUAGUAAUUUUUAUGUAUUAAAGUAACAGUAGUUAAAGUAACGUUUUGCUGCUAGACGGACGAUCAGAAAUCACUACUGCACAUUUCUGAAACAGUUUAUUUUUGCUGUAAAUUUAAUACACGGUUUAAUAGUUUACAUGUGGUUAUGCUGCCCUGCAAAUAAAUGCUAAUCACCGUUUCAUCUUAA